AUGAUAGCCCAUACUGACCUGGGCAUUGUGGCUACCUCAGGAGUUCGGAAGAGCCUGAGAAAUGUCUACUUGUUUGUUACCCUCUGCCUGACUCUCUCAGUAUUAUGGUGUAGCUAUGGAGUGAUUCAUAUUCUAGCAGGGCAAGGAGUUCUGAAUGGUCUUGGUGAUUACCGCAAUGCUGUGGUGCCUGGCCUGGUGACAUUUACUCUAGGUCUGCUAAUCAUUGCUGGAGUAGGCUUCCUCCACCAGGAGGUCAUCCCAGCCAUUAUUGCUUCUGCUGUAUCUCUCGCCUGUGCCCAUGAAAUUGCUGCACUUUAUAACAUGGCUUUUGGUUCUUCAGCUGUAGCUUGCAACUAUCUGAUUGUCUGCUUCACUGCAACUUAUUUUGCUGUGGGGAGGUUCCUUUAUUUCCUCAGCAAGGAAAAAAUCAUCCUCCCUGGCACAGAUUUAGCCAACAGCAAGGCCAAUGAACUUGUUCAGGACAACAAUGCUGGCACAAAUGACUUGGCAAUCACUGGUUUGAUCUUGAACAUGCUCUCUGCCAGUGUUUUUGGCUGUAAGCUCCUGGGAGUGACCAAUAAUCUAUUUGUUGGCCAAGUGCCUUGGCUUUGGGCUGCCGCAAUUUACCAAACUGGAGUCUGCAUCUUAUCCUACCGUGCCCUGGAUUCCCUUGCUGCCACAUUUUUUGGUUUCACUUCCAUCCUGAAAUUUGCUGGGGGUUAUUCCCUUCUUUACCGGAUCUGGCAGGCAGAUGAACCAGUUUUUCCUGUCCCACUCUUAGUGGUUUUUGCUGUCCUAUUUGCUGUCUUGGCUAUUUUCAGGGCUCUUAAAAGCCCACUGGAGGGCCUGUAUUUGCUGUUUUAUGUGGCCUACUGCAUCUCAUUAGCCUGUUGUCCCAAGGGAUUUUUUGAGGGUGGUCCCCAAGGUGUGGAUGUGGCCAUCUUUGUGGCCUCAGCCCUCAUGACUCUCAUUUACCUGUACAACAUGAAGGCAAGCACCAAAUUCCCAACAGGGGAAGGAACAAUGAAAGCCUUGCUUGCUCGCAACAGCAUUCUUAAGCUCCGUGAGGGGAAAGACCUUCAUGCUCCCUAUCUUGGCUAUUCCAAGUAUGCAGAUGCAGAAGUGCUCGGUUAUGCAUGCAGCGUCCUCGCCUCCUUUUCUAUCACAAUGACAGUGGAUCCAAAGGCUCCACUCGCUACCGUAGUCAUACCAUGGGUUGUGGCAGCUGGAGGGAUCUUUAAACUUUUAUGUGGCUCAUUGGCCUUUGCCCGUGGUAAAACCCUAGAGAGUAGUGCCUUCAUUCUCUAUGGGGCCAUGUGGAUCAUAUGGGGCUUGACUAGAUACAGUGGUCUCUAUGGCACUAGCAGGGGCUUCCAAGUAGCUGUAGGCAUCAUUGCUUUCAUGCUCUUCAAUGGUUUCAUUGUCUUCAGUACACUUUUUCUAAGCAUCUCCUGGUUCAUUUACUCCCUCACGUUCUGGCUUAUCCUCAUUAGUUUCUUGCUGGAUGCAGUCAAUGCCAUCCCAGCUGGCUAUGACAUUGCUGUCACCAUCAUCUUCGGCCUGGUCAGCUUCUUCUGCUUCCUGUCUGCUCUUUUUAAUAGCACUUUUGAAGGUUCCUUGUUCCCAGUGGGUAGGCCUAUUGUGAAGCUCAGUGGUGUUGGGGGAGGAAGCACCAGAUGCCUUCAUCUGUCUGCCAGGAAAGCUUCCUCAGUCAAGAAAAUUGCAGAGAUCCUGAAAAAUGGAGGGGCCUGUGGGAUCCCCACAGAUACAGUGUAUGUGCUUGUAGCAGCCUGUAACCGACCUGAUGGUGUGGAGAAAGCUUACAAUACAAAGCGCCAGGCUCAGGACCGUCCCAUGUCACUCUGGAUCUCUAACCUGAAGCAGUUGGAACCUGCAAAGCAUUUGUUCAACCCCAUACUCUGGGAUUUCAUGAAAGCUGCUUGGCCAUCCCCUAUUAGCCUUGUGGUUUCUAGAGGGAAAUGGGUGGACUUCUUAGGUAUGAAAGACUCUUCCAAAUAUGUUGGUACCCCUCAGAGCAUCGCCAUUCGUAUCCCUGACUGUUCCGUCACCACACACCUCAUCGAUCUGGUUGGUCCCAUUGCAGUCACAUCAGCCAAUCCAACAGGAGAGGCAGACACCACUCACCACAAUCAGGUGUAUGCCAAGCUAGGAGACAAGGUAGAUGCAGUUCUUUGUGAUGGGCCUUCUCCUGAGAACAUUGCCUCCACUGUUGUAGACUGCACCAAGAUUGAGAGUGGAAACAUAGGGUUCUUCAGGGUUGGCGUUGUUCCCAAAUCCCAGGUGCUACAGAUACUGGAGGAGGUGCAGAAGAAACACAUGGUGGGCUAUACCAACAGUGCCUUCACCUUAGAAGAUCAGGAAGAGCAACAGAACCACUCCCACACUGUCCAAAGUGGCAGAAAUGCUGCUAGUCCAAAAGAGAGGAUCUCAGCAUUGCAUACCAACAAUGUGUUCAGCACCAAAAAGUAGGAUGUAAAGCUCUGAGUGAAUCAGGCAGACCAUAUUAGUGCACAUUCAUUUGGGAGGGGCUUGCCAAUCAAUGAUGGCCGAUAAAGGGAAGGGAUAAAUGAGACGUCUCUGCCCCUUGUAGAUUAAU